AUGAUGAUCAUUGAUGAUUUGAAUGUUGGCUUUGAGUGGAGCUCCAAACAAGGCAUUUGCGCCCCUGAAAACUGGGGCCGCGAUCUGGGUGGAUCGAGCCGCAAGUCAGCUGCUCAUGCAGAGACUGUCGCGAACCUCAGCCAGCUGGUCCAGCUGGGCCUCAGCUCGAGAAAUGUAUACGGAGUGGUGUACCCCGGACCGGUGUUCAGAGGGUCGGGAUUGGGAAGCAAAAAAAAUUAA